AUGGGCCGCAGCUGUGACGAAGCCAGCAGGUCAUCGUAUCUCACCACUCCUGUAGGAUGCAGUUCCUUGUUUCUUUAUUUCUUUGUCUUUGUCUCUUCUUCCUCUUCUUGUCUUCCUUUUGCUUCUUGUCUGCUUCAUCUCAUCAAUUGGCAUGUUGGCCUCAAACUUUCGAGGGCGAGGCCUCUACAUCAUCGCUGCUAUUUUCGUCUUCUCACCUCCCUCAUCGUCCUCAGCCAAUCGCCCUGGUUCUACCCAUCCAAUUUCUUCACAAAGAAACCCGUCGAAGAACCCCUUCCAGAGUCAUCCCCGCCCAACCCAGAACCUCAAACUCCACCUCCUCCUUCCCUACAACCUCCCAAAACCGAGUCCACAGAUGAUGACGUCGAGUACUGGAGCUGGCCUCCCAGUCCCCGCUUUCACUGCUCUUCCCCCAUACAAUCCACCACUACCCCCAAGGACGACAUCUGCGCCCCCUUCCCAACCCACCUCCUCUCGAAUAUCCAAGUUACCCUCAAAAUCGGCGCCAGCGAACCCUCCGAACGUCUAACCGCCCAACUCACCUCCGUUUCAAAAUGCAUCCCCAACCUUCUCGUCGCCUCAGAUAUGGACUCAAUCGUCGACUCCCGCACCGCAUUCGACGUGCUCGCCGACUUGCCCCCUUCCCUACAAGAUAAUAACGCCGACUUCGACGCCUACCACGCGCAGAAAGAGCCGUUAAAGAGCGGGGAUUUCAACCGGAAAGGUGGGUGGCGGCUAGACAAGUACAAAUUCCUACCUAUGGUCGAAUACGCACACGCAUCCAACCCCUCCGCGGAAUGGUACGUCUUCCUAGAGUCCGACACCUUCAUCAUAUGGGACAACCUCUUCCAACUCCUCGACCGCUUCGACCCCCGCGUGCCUCUCUACUUCGGCUCCCCCUCGCCCGGCCGCACCCCCCCUGGCUUACCGAAAACAUGGUUCGCGUACGGCGGGGCCGGGUUCGUGGUUUCCGCCGCCGCGGUCAAGAAAUUGCUGGAUCGGGAGACGGGGGCGUAUGGGGAGCUUGUCAAGCCGGGGAUCAACGCGCAGUAUGAGCGGGAUUUGAGGGGGGAGUGCUGUGGGGAUUCGAUGCUCGGGUGGGCGUUGUGGGAGCAUGGUGUCACGUUGAGUGGGCUGUUUCCGAUGUUUAAUCCGCAUCCAUUGCGUGGGAUCCCGUUUGCGGAAAGGUUUUGGUGUCAGCCUGCUAUCAGUAUGCAUAAGACGAGGUGGAGGAGAUGGGGUCGUUUUGGGAAUGGACGAUGCGGUGGAAUGAGAGUGCCACAGCGCCCUAUACUCUACGCCGACAUCGCAGCACACAUCGGUCUCGGCACGUUUGAGCCCCGCAAGGACUGGGAUAACGCCGACUGGGACGGCUGGCAAGAACCUGACGACUCGCCCGCACAUAAGUCUGUGGACGGAUGCGCUUCGGAGUGCCGCAAGCAUGGCGGAUGUUUCCAGUAUACAUUCCGCCGCGACCGUUGCACAUUCGUGCGUUCAUUCAGGCUCGGGCAACGGAAAGAUCCUGAGGGCGAAGAAGAUUGGAGCGAAGAGGAAAAGGUGUUCCAUGCGGGAUGGGAUAACGUGAAGAUCAAGCAGUGGAUGAGUGAGCAUACGUGUGAGGAGGCAAGAUGGGUGAAACCGAGUACCAAAAGGAUAUUCUGA